GCACGCAGCCUCAGCCCCUUCCCCGCCCUUUCUCUUCCCUGUUUCUCUCUCAGACUGCGGGUACCUUCUGGUGGCUGCUUCCGGUAGGAACGCGGUGCAAGGCGAGCUGGUUUCAGUUCCUCGUCAUGUCCUACGGUCCCUUAGACAUGUACCGAAACCCGGGGCCCUCGGGGCCCCAGCUCCGGGACUUCAACAGCAUCAUCCAGACAUGCAGCGGCAACAUCCAGCGGAUCAGCCAAGCCACUGCUCAGAUAAAGAAUUUGAUGAGCCAACUAGGAACUAAGCAGGACUCAAGCAAGCUACAGGAAAAUCUGCAGCAGUUGCAGCACUCCACAAAUCAGCUUGCCAAGGAAACAAAUGAAUUGCUGAAGGAAUUAGGGUCCUUACCCCUUCCCUUAUCUACUUCAGAACAGCGCCAGCAGAAACUUCAGAAAGAACGCCUCAUGAAUGACUUCUCUGCAGCCUUAAAUAAUUUCCAGGCUGUUCAGAGAAGGGUAUCUGAAAAGGAAAAGGAGAGUAUUGCCAGAGCAAGAGCUGGAUCUCGUCUUUCUGCAGAAGAGAGACAAAGAGAGGAGCAGCUUGUUUCAUUUGACAGCCAUGAAGAGUGGAACCAGAUGCAGAGCCAGGAGGAUGAGGCAGCUAUCACUGAGCAGGAUCUGGAACUCAUUAAAGAAAGGGAAACGGCUAUUCGGCAGCUGGAGGCUGACAUUUUGGAUGUCAAUCAGAUAUUUAAAGAUUUGGCCAUGAUGAUCCAUGACCAAGGUGAUCUGAUUGAUAGCAUAGAAGCCAAUGUGGAAAGCUCAGAGGUGCAUGUUGAAAGAGCCAGUGAUCAGUUACAGCGAGCUGCUUACUAUCAGAAAAAAUCUCGCAAGAAGAUGUGUAUCCUGGUACUUGUCCUGUCAGUGAUUAUUGGAGUCUUGAUAGUUAUUAUCUGGCAAGUUUCUAAAUGAAGUGUGACUGCCUCAGAGCCUUCUCCUGCUGAGUUGUUUUCAAAAGCAAGUGCUUGUUGGAGUCUUGCGAGAACAAACUGAUCACAAGAAGAGAGCAUACAUCAGAAUGUCCUGUAAUAAUUUAGUUAGAAACUAACUACUAACUAGUCCUUGGAAUUAGUGACCUAUGGAGACAGUAUUUAUCAAUUUAUGUAUACAGUUUAUUGAUUUCUCAAAUUAGGAAUUAACUUAUAUGAAUUUUGCUUUCUCUUGUUUUCUGAUUGCCCUUCAUUCCAGGUGUUUACUGAAAAUUCCAUUCUACAUAUUCUUUUUGACAGAUGACACUACAGUCUCAUUAUAUUGUCUUUUUAUGUAUAUAUAAAAUUUACCUUUUUACUAGCAACUGAGAUGAAUUACUUUCUGGGACCCAGCAUAUUGGAGUCUCUCAGAAACUGUACAAUAUGCCAGCAAUUUUUAUUAUUUAACAUUCUAAUUUGAAUUUAUAAGAAGUUUAUUACCUGCUUUGCAAAAUUUUGGCACUAUAUUUAACUGGAGAAUACCUGUGAUUUAAAUUGAAUGAGAAAAAAGAUGAGAAGUAUCUAUUUGAA